CUGCAAAGCCCGGAGAAGGGAUUUCACCAUGGAAGGGCAGAGGCUGUCAUCCUACGGGAGACGCUUUGGCUCACAAACCGGCUCUGUCCACCAUGCCCUGAGGUUCUCACCUGGCCGCAGGUACCUGCCUUCAAGUGCCACCAGCCGGGUCUCUGUCACUAAGCUGAAGACCUCCAGCCUCAGCUUCCGUGCUGGCCCUAAAUUCUAUCCCGAGAAGGUGGAUUUUUCCUUGGCUGAUGCUCUCAACACUGAGUUCAAGGAGACCCGCACCAAUGAGAAAGUGGAGAUGAUGGAGCUGAAUGAUCGCUUUGCCAGCUACAUUGAGAAGGUCCGCUUCCUUGAGCAGCAGAACAAAGUUCUGGUAGCUGAGCUCAACCAAAUCCGAGACAAGGAGCCCACCAAGUUGGCUGAUAUCUACCAGGAGGAGGUGAGGGAGCUACGCCACCAAGUAGAUCAACUCUCCAAUUCUAAGGCUCGGCUGGAGAUCGAGAGGGACAACUUGCUGGAGGACCUCAACAAUCUUCGGCAAAAGUUACAAGAUGAGAUUAAUCUGCGUCUUGAAGCUGAAAACAAUUUGUCUUCCUACCGACAGGAUGUUGAUGAUGCUGCAUUAGCCCGGAUAGACCUGGAACGCAAAAUUGAAUCUCUGCAAGAGGAGAUCAACUUCUUAAAGAAGGUCCAUGACGAGGAGCUGCGGGAGCUGCAAGAGCAACUGCAGCAGCAGCAGGUCCACAUUGAGAUGGACAUGUCCAAGCCAGACUUGACAUCGGCCCUGCGUGAGAUCCGCAUCCAAUAUGAGUCCAUGGCUUCAAACAACAUGCAUGAGGCUGAGGAAUGGUACAAGUCUAAGUUUGCAGACCUGACUGAUGCAGCUGCGCGGAACAUUGAGGCUCUGCGCCUAGCCAAGCAAGAGGCCAAUGAGUACCGCCGACAACUGCAGGCCCUCACCUGCGAUUUGGAGUCCUUGAGAGGAUCGAAUGAAUCUCUGGAGAGGCAGCUGAGGGAGAUGGAAGACCGCUAUGCCCUUGAUACUGCCAGCUAUCAGGACACAGUGAUUCGACUGGAGGAAGAUACCCGGAGUCUCAAGGAAGAAAUGGCCCAUCACCUCCAGGAAUACCAGGACCUCCUCAAUGUCAAAUUGGCAUUAGACAUUGAGAUUGCAACUUACCGCAAACUUCUGGAGGGAGAAGAAAGCAGGAUCACCAUCCCAGUGCAGUCCUUCUCCAACCUUCAAAUCCGAGAAACCAGCUUGGACACAAAGUCUGUUUCUGAGGCUCAACUGAAGAGGAGCAUUGUGGUCAAAACAGUGGAGACAAGAGAUGGAGAGGUGAUCAAGGAGUCCACCCAGGAGCACAAAGAAGUGGCAUGAAGCCCGAGGCCAUGAAGUAAAAGCUACAUUAAUGGAACAGAUGAAGACACUUGUAGCUGUAGAAUGCUAGGAAAGCUUUGCUUCUUUCUGAUGCUUCUGAUGCUUCAGUGCCAUGGCCUCAAAGUAACUCUGAUUAUGCAGCAACCACAUGGAAUAUGUCUUUGUUGGGGAACCAGCAAUGGGUGGGAAACAUUUGGAAAUCUAACUAUUCAUGAGUGAGAAUAACCAGCUGCCAAGUAGGCCUCAGUAGAUCACUUCAGUUCAUAAUAUGUGAGUUUGGGGUCUAUUCCCAUAUCUCAUCUUGUCAGCCACUCUGUGCCCUUCAAAGUAUACAGUGGUCAUGCUGUUUAAACUAGGCUGUAGCUUGUCUGGAUAUCACCUUGAGCUUAACGCCUAAAUCUGAUGCUUCUCAAUAGAUUUGCUAAUAAAUAGAAGUCGUUUUUAUUGAUGAUUAAUGACACAUGGUUUUUGUAACAGAGAGAGAGAGAGAGAGAAACUGAACCAGAGACAUGGAAGAACAGUAACUCAAGACAGGCCUAUGUUCCUGAAAAUACAGUCAUUAGAUCAAGGAGUUCCCUAGUAGGUUAUCACCUAGUAACUAAUCAGGAUCAGUGUGGGAAUGGAAUUGUUCAUCUGAGCCCACCCACUCCAUCUUGCUGUGACUUGGAUUGCCCCCACCUUCAACUUCUUUUCCUAGGAAGUAAUCUAUGUGUUUAAGAACUAUAUGGCAGGCAAAAAUCCGCCAGGUGUAUUGUUCUAACACAGGUUGUUAGUUGAAUGGUCACUGUUGAAUUAGUAUCUCUGACAUAGCUGUUAAAACACAGGUAGCCAAGGAUGAGCCUUCCAGGGCUAUUAGCAUUUCUGAAAGUACUUUGGGUGUUACGGCUGCAGAGGGAAAUUUAAAACAUGUUUUGUGUCUGCUCCCUUUGUGUUUGGGAGCAGCUCCAGACUGCUUCUUGCAUUCCUCUGUAGCAUGUGAGUACCCUCCCAACUCUCUUCUUAUAUGGACCAUUGUAUCAAGGUCUGCAGCAGGACUGAUGGCUAGCUGGUUUUUGAUUGAAAUAUGUAUAACUUGUUUUAUAUUUCAUUUUUAUCCUAUGUUUUCUCUAAGGAGAUAAAGGUGAUGUGUGUUCUUUCCACUCCUUGUUCCUCACCACAAUCCUGUGAGUUAGAUUAGGCUGAGAGAUUACUGAGUGGCCAAGGCCAACGUGUGAACUUUAUGAUGUUGAGUGGGGAUUUGAACCUGAGUCUCACCAGUCUUAGACCAACAUUGCAGCCUGCCUUCUUAUAACCUUUAGAAAUCUUUCUAAUGGAUAGCUUAUGCAUUAUGAGGUACAUGCACUAGGAUUCAGGGCAGAUGAAUAUAACUAGCCGUUUGACCUUUGCAGAACAAUCAUGUGACUUCCAAGAUGUACAGGUGGAUGGUGUACUAUGGAAAAUGAAGAAGGCUUGCGUAAAUGAGACUGAAGGACUGAGUAGCAAGUUAAGGACAAAGUGAAAGCUAGGAUAUUCAAGAAGUAUAGUGACAGUGACACAUUGGCUAAGAUCCUCUAGUCUGGCAUAACUAUGCCCAUGUAAGUCAUGGCAACACAGCAGUGCCUAGAGUAGAAAGUGUACAACAGUGGCCAGAGAAUUGCAGAAUAAGGCUUUGCUGUUGCUGUCUGAAGAGAAAGCUGUGGUUUCCCUAGAAGACUGUUUCCUCAGUGCCUGUCUUCUGGGUCAGUUGUUGAAGCUAGAGGUCCUCUGGGAACAAUCUAGAAGGCUUUCUCUUCACAUUGUGGCAGAGAUACCUUC